GGCAAAAUGAUAAUUCUACUGUUGCUGUUUUUUGUCGCAAGUUUAUACUGGUUAUAUUGGACAAACAAAUCAAAAAGAAUGAAUAAAAUGACGGCGUCUCUGCCUGUACCACCAACUUUACCAAUACUAGGAAAUGCUACACUUUUUAUUGGAGACACACAAAAAAUUCUAAAAAGCCUCGAAGACAUCGCUGAUAUUGCUAUUAAACACAAAGGCUCCGCAAAACUAUGGCUCGGUCCGAAGUUAUACGUCGCGAUAGGCGACCCAGAGGACGCACAAGUAGUUCUAGAAAAUUGCCUUGACAAAGACGUGGUUUAUCGGUUCUUACGACCGUGGCUCGGACAUGGCCUUUUCGUGGCUCCAGUUUGUUUAUGGAAAUCGCAUAGAAAAGUACUAUUACCAGUGUUCCAUAAUAAAGUUGUUGAACAAUAUCUACAAAUGAUAUCCGUACAAGCUGACAUCCUUGUCGAACGACUUAACGAAAAAGCAAAUAAAGGAGAGUUCGAUGUUCUUAAAUACAUAACCGCUUGUACAUUAGACAUAGUGUUCGAAACAGCGAUGGGCGAACGAAUGGAUGUUCAGCGUUCUCCCGACACUCCUUACUUGCGAGCUCGGCAUACAGUUAUGACAAUACUAAACAUGCGCUUCUUUAAAGUAUGGCUUCAACCAGACUGCAUUUUUAAUUUAACAUCUUAUAGUAAACAGCAGAAGGACAACAUAGAUCUCACUCACAAGUUCACAGAUGAGGUUGUUAAGAAAAGAAGACUUGAAUAUGAAAGAAAGAAAAAUGACGGUACAGAUCAAUAUACGGGGAAAGUUCGACCCGUUCUUGAUAUGCUUUUCGGUCGUGAAAUAGAAUUUACUGACGAACAGCUUCGAGAACAUAUCGAUUCGAUUACAAUCGCCGGCAACGACACUACAGCGCUUGUAAUUGCGUACACUCUUGUACUGCUAGGAAUACAUCAGAACGUACAAGAAAAGGUUUAUCUUGAGCAGAGAACAAUCUUCGGAGACUCCAAACGAGGCGCCGACAAAGUUGACGUAGCAAAAAUGCAAUAUUUGGAGAGAGUACUGAAGGAAAGCAUGAGGCUUUAUACCGUGGUCCCGAUUAUUGCCCGUAACGUUCACAAGGAUACGUACCUCCCCCGCUGUGGAGUGACAUUGCCAGCUGGAAUCGGGGCUGUAGUUGGGCCUUUUGCUAUACACCGUUCCAAAGCAGUAUGGGGUCCCGAUGCUGAUGAGUUCGAUCCCGACAGAUUUCUACCGGAAAGGUCUUUGAAUAGGCAUCCGGCCGCGUUCCUGCCUUUCAGCCACGGAUCCAGGAACUGCAUCGGACGGAACUUCGGCAUGCUGAUAAUGAAGAGCAUUGUUUCAACCAUCUCCAGGUCUUAUAGAAUCGAAGCAGACGAACUUGGGCCGCUUAAGAUUGAAAUGCUUCUAUUUCCAAUCAGAGGUCAUCAAAUUAGAAUAUCUAGAAGAGAAACUUUAGCUUAAUUUAAACUAAAUUUUUAAGUUAAUUAUAAACACUCUAAAGAAUAUGCAAAAAUAAAAUCGAAUGCCGUUCC